UUAUUGCCUCUCUCCAACGUCUAUCGGAACUGCUCAUUUCAUGAUCGCUUAUGCCUGUCGCUGUCAUUACGUGGCAUGGGAUCAAUGUGCAAGCAAGAUCGUCGUUCUGCCCAUCUGCCUAGAUCAGUGUUCUUGAGGCGUGACCUAUUUGUUUCCGGACAAAAUUCAAAUGUCUUUCCGACCGGCGGCUGACCCGCUAGCAAUAGCAACGCAUUUAUUCUGGGGUAUUCCGGCUAGUAUUUCUGACAUCCGUGUUCUGGUGUCCCAUCACAUUCAGUGUGGUGCUGCUAUUCACUCACAGUACACCACGAAUCACCUGAACAUACUAAUCGGCUGUCCAACACGAUCGAAGGAUUUUCUCACUUCCUCUCGCCAUCGUCAUGCGUACUCGUGUUCGCCUUCUGGUUGCGCUGGGAUUCCUUCGAGGUGUAGCCUCACAACAGAUAUACGACAUAUGGACAACAACAUGGGAUCGGUCAAGCCUGUUGACGUAUAAGAAUCUGUCUCCAAACCCUAUCAACUUCGUCUCGCCUGGCGCCGCAGCUAGUGCGGACAUUGUCGUAGAUGACAGCUCGACAUUCCAGUCGAUCUGGGGUGUUGGCGGGUCCCUCACGGACUCAUCUGCUCAGUUACUUAGCAACCUGAAGUCGCAAAAUGCUGCUAAUUAUUGGAGCCUCCUUGGAUAUGUUUUCUCUCCCACGGACGGAGCAAAUGCGGGCGGACUUAGCUACCUGAGAGUUCCGCUCGGAGCGAGCGACUUCUCUUCACACGUGUACAGCUUCGACGAUACAUCUGGUGAUACCUCGUUCAACAAUUUCAACAUCAACGCAGCGCCGGCUGCCGUCUUCUCCACAAUCCAGGAUAUCAAGUCUAUCAACAAUCUCUUGAGAGUGCACAUCCUUCCGUGGUCACCUCCGGGAUGGAUGAAGGACUCUGGAACUAUGAAUGGCGGGUCGCUGCUUGAUCAAUACGUUGGCGUCUAUCCCACUUAUUUGUUGAAAUGCGUGCAAGGAUUCGCGAGUAAAGGUAUCACCCCAUAUGCUAUCUCCAUCCAGAAUGAACCUCAGAACAACAACCCAACUUAUCCAACUGCGCUUGUCAGUGCCUCGCAGGAGGCACAGAUUGGGAACACGCUGCGCACAUUACUAAACAAUAAUGGUUUCUCGAGUGUAAAAAUCAUUGGUUAUGAGCACAACUGGGAUGAUGCUGCCGAAUAUCCGGUCGAAGUUAUGCAACAAGCAAACAGUGCAUUCGCCGGUGUCGCGUUCCAUUGCUAUGCUGGCAACGUAGCCGAACAGGAUCAAUUCCAUACUCAGUACCCGCAGAAGGAGAUCUACUUCACGGAGUGCUCUGGCACGAUCGGCUCUGACUGGUGGAGCGACAUCAAGUGGUACAUGGACAAUAUUUUCAUCGGUGCAAUUACGCAUAACGCGCAUGCCGCAUUGAUGUGGAACUUAGCUCUGGACGGGAACGGUAAUCCACUUCCACCAGGCUCAAAUAGCUGUGGAGGUGGAUGCAGGGGUAUUAUACAGGUUAACAGCGACGGCUCAUGGAGCCCGAACCAGGAGUUCUAUUCUAUGGCUCAAGCUUCUAAGGGAGUCCUUCCGCGCGACGUCGGUGGGCCGUGGGGCAAGCGCAUUGGCGUUUCAGUUGGUGGAUCAAUGAGCUGGGCGCUUAUCGUCGGAGCGUAUAUGACCGGGCGUGUAAACCCAAGUGACUGGAACCGCUACUCGCUCGUCGUUCUCAAUUGGGCUGACAACACGAAUGGCCAAUGGAAUCCGCAGAACGUGGAAGCUACGAUUGAAUUCCGCGGAAUGCAAGCGACAUACACGUUCCCUGUCGGCGUCACCACACUCUGGUGGUACGCUCCGUCGACUUCGUUCACCUCGACUUCAUUCAGCACGUUCUCUGUGAACAACGCUACGGCUGAACAAUUCAGUGGCGAGUCUGAUUACGGUGAGGAUGGGUCGCAGUUUGUCGUCCACGCGGAGAAUGAACAGGGAGAGCAACAAAUAAGGUUUACAAGAGAUCGUAACUGAGCUUCAUUCAGGUAAUAUUGGUAGAUUGGGAGAACGAAAUCAAUGGGUAUUCGUAUGUUUCAAAAUUUCUUUCCUAUUAUUUAAUUCGAGGCCGAGAACCAAAUAUGAAAUGACGAUCUGCAUGUAUACACGAUAGCACUGUAUACCCAUCAUAUAUAUGGAAGAUACGCAAUGCAACGGAAACUUUAUUUAUUAUAUGAAGAUUUGUAGAUGAGAUAUUCCUCGAUGUGUUGCAUUCGCAGGCGGGUCCAGAAAAAUCCCAUAAACUGUAAAUAAUCAUCAUAGUCCGUCGAGAGCCAGCAUUAGGCUGUCAGGGCUGACGAAACAUGCGAUGGAGAUGUCAGCCACCCCGCAUAUAUACCGGACUAACGAUAUUCAAUGACAACACUUCUACAUUAGCCGCUGAACAAACACUCUCGACUCCAAUCCUUCCACAGACGAACUGAUGGCCGACGUAUUCAUGUCAGACGGUUCGGAACCACAAACACCCUUCACUUUCCGCGUCGCGUACGACGAGAUCCAUCGCAUCGGUUCGCAAUUGUCUGGCCUUACCAACCAAGCAAAGACUCCCAGCAACGCGAAAAGCAACACACAGUUUUCGGUUCACAAGAAGCGUAAGGAGCUGCGUGAGUUGUUGAGGAAGAUUGGAAGCAAAAAGAAGACAUUGGAAAAACUCAAGAAAACGGAGCAAAGUUUGUCGCUUCUUUGUUUACCAUAAGUGCUGUGUCGAAUUGAAUUGUCCAAUAGUGCCGUUGCUAAUCGAGAAAGAGGACGACUUAGCCGAAAGCGACGACGACGUCAAUACCACAUUCGUAAGUCCCUUGAAUUCGAUCCGUCGUUGGUUAGUAAAUACUAAUGAGUCUGAUAGGCUACCGAAGACUUGUCAGUCACAGACAUAUCCUUUUCGGAGAGCCCUUCGAUGCGCAAGCGUAAGCGCUUUGCGGGCAUAUGGAACAAUAUUGAUGUCGACAUGCAGUUGGGCGGGGAACGCGCUGACAAGCGGAUCCGCGUCAAUAAUAUCCAGGAUGAGACCAAGGAGAAUGUCGCUCAAUGGCCCGACGUUCAACGUAAAGGGCGUUCGAGCUUUCUUUGAGGAUGACGGACACUCCUCAAUCACAGAGAUAACCAGUCAAGAAUUGAGCUACGCUACACCUUGUUUCGUGUUUCGACCCCUCGUUUUCAUUCGCCUCAGUUUGUGAGCCUUCGGAAUAAUUGUCUCUUGUAGCCCAUCCGACGAUUUCGCACUCCAUUCCUCUUCUCUUUAAUCGAAUACGGAUUUUAGCUUAGAGAUCGACAGAUACAGUAGAACCA